AUGUUGAGCUGGGAGUUAUAUGCUGCAGUAUUAGACAGUUGCUCAAUAAUGAUGAUACAGGGAAGUGGCAGCAUGUUCGGAGGAAAGCGAACGAAGCAGCACAUAUCAUGGCGCACAGUGAAACGAAUUGGGAUUCACCAGUUGUAUGGGUUGAUAGGCCUCCAAUAUUUCUUAUUGAUCAGUUGCGGCUUGAUGUAA